CUUGCGCCUGCGCUAACUCCUGCGCGUGCGUACUGGUGCGGGUCUCAACCCGCACUUGAUGUUGGAGGGCUGCAGCCUGUAUGUUCAGAUCCCCCGGGCCCGUCCUUUCGGUGACGUCACCACCAUAGCGUCCUCUGUGAUGUCACCACACCUGGCCCGCCGCGUUAUGCCGUCAUCCUCCCCAUAGUUACCGCCCUUUUUUUUUCUCCCUAAGGCUCCUCCCUCCGUGCCCAACGAGGGGCGGGGCGUUGCGACUAUGGGGGCCACAAGUCUAAAUUGGCCCUCGGUGCAGUGGGUGAAAUGGGAUCGAGUGGGCUGGCAGGACGCCUUCUGGAUCCAGCCUGUUCCCUGGAAGGUCCCGGAUGGCUCCAGCGCCACCUCCUGAGCGGCGAGUUCGACCAGCUGCGGGACUUCUCCAUCUUUGAGAGCAACUUUGUGCAGGUGACCCGGUUUGGAGAAGUCGCCAAUAAGGUCACCAUGGGGGUGGCAGCCUCCAGUCCAGCCCUGGAACUCCCAGAUCUGUUGCUGCUGGCUGGCCCUAAGGAGGACAGAUGUCUGCAGCUUCUCGGGCUGUUCCCCCUCCAGUUCGUCGAGCUCUUCGUCCACGACGCAAGCCGCCAGCAGCUCAAGGUCAAGUUGUGCACCGGCCGCGCCUUCUACCUUCAGCUGCGGGCCCCUGCCAAGACCCGGGACCUCGAGUUCGGCCAGUGGGUGCGGCUGCUCUACCGCCUGCGCUUCCACGCGGGCCAGGGGGCUGUGCCCUUCACACAGGAGGAGUGGGGGGACGAGGAGGGGGACGAGGAGACAGACGGGGACCUGGAGGAGCGGGAGAGGGACUGGCGGGACCAGGUGAGCAGGGCAGGGGGGGACACACCCCACCGUCUGGGGGAGGAGGCCGGGCCCUCCCUGGGAACCACCACAGCCCUGCCUUCCUCCGGGUUUACCAAGUGGGGUCCUGCAUCCUGGGGGCCUGUGUGUGUGUGUGUGUGUGUGUGUGUGUAGCUGGGGGUGGCCGUUCUGGAAAAUGGGGCUGCUUCCCCCAAGACCUGGGUCCUGCCUUUGGGCAGCUGGAGGCCCCCUCGCCCCUACCCACCUUUCCCAUGGGGCUCGGAGCCACUCUCUCCCCUCAGCUUGGAGUCCAGGAAGCCAGGCUCGACCGCAGACCUCUGAACUCUGGGGACUCUGAUUCUACAGGGCCGGCGCUCUAGCACCGACCCCAGGGCCGUGCAGACGGGUCAUUAGAACUAAUAAACAUCUCCACUGAAGAGCAGUGGCCAGCUCGCAGGCACUUCUGCCAGCAGCACCUCAUCCACCGAGGCUGCCUGGGGGUCUCUGGUCAGCCAAGUCUAGGCCCCACGCCCCCUGGCGACCUGGCACCCAACCUUCUCAGUGUCCCCACAGCGCAGCCUUCCCAGUCCGGCCUGUGGUGCAUCUUUGAUUUACUGUAGAUUCUGGUCACCACCUGCCUGUCCCCUCUCCCCACU